AUGUCUUUUGCUUUCUUGCGAGUUGUUUCUCCCACAUCGGACUUCUCGAACAGCUCCGGAAUCCUCGAGCCACUACGAGAAAAAAACCGGUCUUUUCUGAGGCCCGAAACCUUGGCCUGCCAUGGCAGGCCAAGCAAGAGCCAGCAGAGGAAAAACAGGAAGUAUUUUAGUACCACACAUGUUGAUUUGAGGCACUCUAGCUUGGGAAGCUCGAGCUUAGAUAAUGGAAGUAGAUUAUCUCCACCGUCGAGUAUGGCCGCAAUCCCUGCUGCUGAAAUCACUUUAACAUCUGAGCAAAAAGUUUAUGAUGUUGUCUUAAGGCAGGCGGCUUUGGUUAAGAGGCAGUUGGAGUCGAAGGAGGAUUUGGAGGUGAAGCCUGAUAUUGUUCUUCCGGGAACCCUUAGCUUGUUGAGCGAAGCUUAUGAUCGUUGUGGGGAAGUAUGCGAGGAGUAUGCUAAGACGUUUUAUCUCGGGACCAUGCUGAUGACCCCGGAGAGAAGAAAAGCUAUCUGGGCAAUAUAUGUGUGGUGUAGAAGAACAGAUGAGCUUGUUGAUGGACCAAAUGCAUCACAUAUCACCCCAACAGCCCUGGACAGGUGGGAGGAUCGUCUCGAGGAUAUUUUCAAAGGGCGGCCUUUUGACAUGCUCGAUGCUGCUUUGUCGGACACUGUUGCCCAGUUCCCUGUUGACAUUCAGCCAUUCAAGGAUAUGAUUGAGGGCAUGAGGAUGGACCUGUGGAAAUCGAGAUACAAAAACUUCGACGAGCUGUAUUUAUAUUGUUACUACGUGGCUGGGACCGUGGGCCUAAUGAGUGUGCCGAUUAUGGGCAUAGCACCCGAGUCUCAAGCCACAACGGAGAGUGUGUAUAGUGCUGCUUUGGCUUUGGGGCUCGCAAAUCAGUUGACCAAUAUACUCAGGGAUGUGGGGGAAGAUGCAAGGCGAGGGAGAAUCUAUCUGCCCCAGGAUGAAUUGGCACAGGCCGGGAUAACUGAAGACGACAUAUUUGCCGGGAAAGUGGAUGAUAAAUGGAGGUAUUUCAUGAAAAAGCAAAUUCAGAGGGCAAGGAAGUUCUUUGACGAUGCCGAGAGUGGGGUCACUCAACUCAGUUCAGCUAGUAGAUGGCCUGUUUGGGCAUCCUUACUUUUGUAUCGACAAAUAUUGGACGAGAUAGAAGCAAAUGAUUAUGAUAAUUUCACGAGGAGGGCCUACGUGAGCAAGCCGAAAAAAAUCAUUUCUUUGCCAAUGGCCUACGCAAAGUCUCUUGUUCCGCCUUCAUCAAGAACCUCAAACCCUCUUGUAAAGGCAUGA